UUGACACCUGUGUCUCCAGCUGCCAGGAGUGGGGCAAGUGUGCUGGUGACCUUGCUCUUGGCUAGCCACAAAGCAAGAAAGGCAGCGGUGUGGAAGAUGGUGACUCACAUGAUUUUGCUACACUGCUUAGUGUUUCUUUGGCCCACCGAGUCCUGCAGGACAUUAUCUCAGGUUGGUGACAAAAGCAAGGAGAUGUCUACCAGGCCACACGGUGUAUGUGAUGGCGCAUGUGUGGACAACUCCCACUGCAGUCAACCUUGCCCUCCAGACACUCAGGGAAACAUGGGGUUUUCAUGCAGGCAAAAGAAAUGGCACAAGCUCACUGAAACCUGUCAGACUCUUAAUGCCUUCAACAUCUUUGAGCCAAAUUUAUAUUCGAUCCAAGCAGCAGGAGAAAGAACAAAAGUAAAUGAGUCUACCAGAAAGUCUGAGACCAUCACAGACAUGCUGAUGCAAAGGUGUCCGGAGGAUUUGUCCUGUGUAAUCAGGAACAUCCGGAACUCUCCACGGAUCCCUGGAAACAUUGCUGUCAUUGUGCAGCUCUUACACAACAUAUCCACGGUGCUAUUGACAGGUGUCGACAAGGCAAAGAUGCAGAGUUACAGCAUCAUGGCCAACCACAUUCUUAACAGCAAAAGCAUCUCAAACUGGACCUUCAUCCCGGACAGAAAUAGCAGCUGGGUCCUGCUACACUCAGUCAAUUCCUUUGCAAGAAAGCUAUUUAUAAAUAAAUAUCCGAUAAACAUAUCAGAUGUCUUCAUUCAUACUAUGGGCACCGCCAUAUCCCCAGACAACCCUGGGAAGAAUUUCACUUUUUCCAUGAAAGUUAAUGACACCAGCAGUGAUAUCACUGGGCAGGUGCUGAUCAGUAGGGAUGAACUUCAGAAGGUGCCUACUCUUUCUCAGGCCAUCAGCAUUGCAUUUCCAACUCUUGGGGCCAUCUUAGAAGCCAGUCUUUUGGAAAAUGUCACUGUGAAUGGACUAGUCUUGUCUGUCAUUUUGCCCAAGGAACUUAAAAGAAUCUCACUGAUUUUUGAAAAGAUCAACAAGUCAGAGCAGAAGAGGACACAGUGUGUUGGCUGGCACUCCUUGGAGAGCAGAUGGGACCAGCAGGCCUGUCAAAUAAUUCAAGAAAACUCCCAGCAAGCUGUUUGCAAAUGUAGGCCAAGCAAGUUGUUUACCUCUUUCUCCAUCCUUAUGUCACCCCACAUCUUGGAAAGCCCGAUCCUGACUUAUAUCACGUACAUAGGCCUGGGCAUUUCUGUUUGCAGCUUGAUCCUUUGCUUGUCCAUUGAGGCCUUGGUCUGGAGCCAAGUGACAAAGACAGAGAUCUCGUACUUACGCCAUAUAUGCAUUGCUAACGUUGCGGCCACCUUGCUGAUGGCCGACGUGUGGUUCAUUGUGGCUUCAUUUCUUAGCAGUCCAGUGACACACCACAAUGGGUGUGUGGCAGCAACAUUUUUUGUUCAUUUCUUCUACCUUUCUGUAUUUUUCUGGAUGCUUGCCAAGGCACUCCUUAUCCUCUAUGGAAUCCUGAUUGUCUUCCAUACACUGCCCAAGUCAGUCCUGGUGGCAGCUCUCUUUUCAAUCAGCUAUGGGUGCCCUUUGGUCAUUGCUGCUAUCACAGUUGCUGUCACUGAGCCCGGCAAAGGCUACCUGCGGCCUGAGGCCUGCUGGCUCAACUGGGACAUGACCAAGGCCCUCCUGGCCUUUGUGGUCCCAGCUCUGGCCAUUGUGGUAGUAAACCUGGUCACAGUCACUUUGGUGAUUGUCAAGACCCAGCGACCCGCCAUUGGCAGUUCCAUGUUCCAGGAGGUGAGAGCCAUUGUGAGAAUCAGUAAGAAUAUUGCCAUCCUCACACCACUGCUGGGACUGACCUGGGGGUUCGGAAUAGCCACGGUCAUUGAAGAUAGCAACCUGGCCUUCCACAUUAUCUUCUCCAUGCUCAAUGCAUUCCAGGGCUUAUUCAUCUUGGUGUUUGGAACAAUCCUGGAUCCAAAGAUAAGAGAAGCUUUAAAUGGUCGAGUAAUUUCUGUAAAAUGGAUCUCCAGAAUGUCAGAGAACCUUUCUACCGACUUCUCUUUUCACCCCACCAAAGCGACAAGCUAACACACCUGGCUGUACUCCUUACUUGGGAGGUCAUACCAUCCAAGAAUGGCAGAGCCCCAGGAAAAACGUGCUUCUUCCUGUCUUCUUGCCUCUGGGGAGUAUGAAGGAAGCCUCCCAUACUGUGGUGCUGAUGGAGGAAGAUGUGAAGUGUGGGGAGGAUGGAAGGCCCCUCUGUCUAAGCUGUUCUGUGAUGCUAACCAUUUCUCCCCAUCAACUGUCAACAUAUACAUAUGCCAUGCCAGGCAUCCACAAUGGGACAGAAAGACAAAAUGGGCCACAGCAGAACCUGAAUUGUGGAGCCUCCAGCUCCAUGCUGUUGGGUCAUGUUUAUCCUCAUGGAAGAGAGUCUGGCUCAUCUUGGCAAAGGUGGCCUGGGAUGUCACCUGGCUGGAUUCUGUGGGUUGCCAAGGGAGGGGCCCUCAUGAAUAGUUACCAACAGUUGGAUUGACUCUAAGUAGGUCAUCGUUGAUUCUUUGUACAAAAGGAACCCAACUGGCAACAUAGUCCACCUGUCCAAAUUUAACUUGAUUACACGUUUAGCAGGGGUUGGGCUUAGCCGCAACUCGGCCGUGAGCCAAGUGAAAACCAUAGAGCUUUUGAGCCAGAAAGAUACUCAUUCUAAGUUAAGGGGCCUGGAGCCUGGAGUGAUGGGCCACAGCUAAUCAAGGUUCAAACCAGAGCUAGAAACCCAAGUCUGUAGGCUCCUAGCUCUGGACUCAUGUCUCCUGAAGACAUGGAACCACUGAUGGACGCUGUCAACACUGAUGAUUCAAGAUUAACCCUCACCAACGAUGUUUUUUUUUUGAAACCAGUGAUGAGGAAGAGGAACUAUCAUAUUUCAAGUAGAGAGCUGCUCAUUUUCUUAAUGUUGUGUGUAAACAAAUUUGACAUUCAAACAAGGAGCCACCUGAGAGGAGAGCAGUACAAUAGAAGAGGCCCCUUCAGAGGGAAGAAGAAAGAUCCUUUAUAAAGCAAGCAGCCAGGCCGAUGCAUCAGACCAACAUGGGUGGAUAAAGGAAAAGGGGGCAGUGAGUAGCCCUAAUUAUCCCACUACGAAGCCAGUAUUAAUGAUGUUACAUUACAAAUGGGAAAAUGAGACUCACUUAUGAAUGAGUAGAGGUCUCUCUCUCU